CAAAGUUAAAAGAGAACAAAACCCAAACCUUCCCUUCCUCGCUCCCUCUCUCUCUCUCUCUCUCUCUCUCUCUGUGUCUGUCAAUGGACUUCCAUCUGAAGCAAUGGAGGAACCAACAUGAGUCAGAAAUGGAAGAAGAAGAACAACAACAGCCAUCCACCAAGAUUCCAAAACUCCUAUUGGAUCCCUCUCCUCCUCCUUCUGCUGCUUCUGACCACCAUCCUCCUCCUUCUACUACUACUCCUCUCCCUUUGUUUGUACCUUCAGCUGAUUCAACUACCAAGCUCACCAGCAACCUCAGCUACAGCAAUCUGUCAGCAGUUCCCACAAGGAUGGGAAGUUACUUCAGCUUGGCGCAGUGGCAGGAGCUGGAGCUUCAAGCUUUGAUCUACAGAUACAUGUUGGCUGGAUCUGUUAUACCUGCUGAACUCCUCAACCCAAUCAAGAAGAGCCUUCUCCUUCACUCUUCCUCUGCUUCCCCUGCUUCCUUUUUCCUUCAGCAUUACUCCAAUCCCUAUCAGCCUUCUGCCUUGUUGCAAGGGGGAUAUUGGGGAAAGGCAGCCAUGGAUCCGGAGCCGGGGCGGUGCCGGAGAACCGACGGCAAGAAAUGGCGGUGCUCUAGAGACGUGGUGGCUGGCCAGAAGUACUGCGAGCGCCACGUCCAUCGCGGCCGCAACCGUUCAAGAAAGCCUGUGGAAGUUACCACCGCCGCUGUCCCCUCCUCUCUUGGUGCUGGUACUUGUUUCAACUCCUCCACCGCCGUCCCAUUUGGCGGUAGCUCUGCUCGCCCGCCGCUGGCGGUACCUCUAGCUAGUGGAAUCGGCGGAGGAAGAGGGGGGUCUUUCCCUUCAGCUGAUCUACUCCAUCUGAGUCAAAGAUCAUCGGGGACUGAGGCCGGCAACAACAGAUCAGACGGCGGCCACGUCCUGAGACAUUUCUUCGACGACUGGCCGAGAGAGUCGGAGGAUAACGGCGCCGGAAUCGGCUCCAGUCCGAUGCAUUCCGCAACCUGCCUGUCGAUAUCAAUGCCGGCGCCGGCGGCUUCCGACGUGUCGUUGAAGCUGGCUACCGGGAACGACAGCGGGGCAGGGGAGGAUGGAGAGAGUGAAAGGGCCCGAGCCCAAAUGAACUGGGCCACGGGAUGGGCUGGGAACCAUAUGGGUGGGCCGCUGGCUGAGGCCCUGAGAUCGUCCUCUUCAGCGUCGAAUUCGUCUCCUACAAGUGUUCUAAGCCAGAUUCCUCGCGGCACUGCUACUGAGACUAGCUUCGUCAGCGCUUAGAAAAACAGCCAUUUGAUUUCUCUCCUGCUUUGGAAAUCUGUGUAUACGACAUCGUUUAAUAAUUGCCUCUUCUUCGUGCUUCGAUUUGUGUUCUUUUGUAUGAGAUGUUAGUGGAUUCGUUUCAUUUUAUUCGUACGAGUGUGCCUCUAGUAUUUACAGUAAAUUGCCUUUGUUCGAUGACAGUCGUUGCAAUUUUAUCGGAUGACCCCUGAGGUGAGAAAGCUGUAUGUAAGUAUGUAACAUUAUCGGACGGUAACUUGGUACAAGCUAUGUCAUCUUAUUAACUUGGGAAGGAAGGUGGCA